AUGAGGGAAAUCGUACACAUUCAAGCUGGCCAAUGCGGUAACCAGAUCGGCGCUAAGUUCUGGGAAAUCAUCUCUGACGAGCAUGGCAUCGACCCCACUGGUGCCUACCAUGGCGACUCGGACUUGCAGCUGGAGCGUAUCAAUGUAUACUACAAUGAAGCCUCCGGCGGCAAGCGCAAGGCUUUCUUGCAUUGGUACACUGGCGAGGGUAUGGACGAGAUGGAGUUCACCGAGGCGGAAAGCAACAUGAACGACUUGGUCUCCGAGUACCAACAGUACCAGGAGGCGACCGCCGACGAGGACGCGGAGUUCGACGAAGAGCAGGAGCAGGAGAUUGAUGAGAAC